UGCAAAUCAUUUUUACUGAAGCGGUUCAGUGAAAUGAACCGUCCUAUCGAAUCGAUUCCCUCAAAUGAAUCUGAUUCACAACGCUACUGACGGGGUGGCGCAUGCGUACACGAGCUCGUCCGUCAGCGCGAGCGUUCAUCACAACAGAGACGCUCCGGUGCUAAAUCCGCUUUUUCGCAGGGAGAAAAGCUGCCAGUUCCUCGAAGAAGCAGUUCUUCAGGGCGCUUUAUGUUUCAUGUCCUCGCAUCAUGGGUUCGAUGAACGAUUUCGUGUUUUUACUGUUCCGUCUCUUACCGGGCCGGAGUCUCGCGCAGCACUGGGGAUAGAGGCCUCCGCGCGCCUGCUCGAUUAACGGAGAGUGAAGAGACUGUCGGCGGGAAUUCUGAGGCGAUUGUUCUAGAGGUCUGAGACGCUGAUCUUUUGACAGGAAUAUAAAACGUUCCGGUAAUCAGUGUUUAAAGGCAGUGAGAGUCGGACACGAUCACCGUGGCCGCCGGUGUUGAUGUGGGGUAAAAUGGAGACCCCGACGAUCAUGUACGAUCUGGACACCUCCGGUGGGCUGAUGGAGCAAAUCCAGACUCUACUGGCGCCGCCCAAAUCGGAGGAUGGAGAGAAGAGGAUUAGAAAACCGGACAGGAGUACCAGGAGGGCCAGUAGGGCCACCAACCACGACACCUGUGACAGCUGCCGGGAAGGAGGGGACUUGUUAUGUUGUGACCACUGUCCCGCCGCCUUCCAUCUACAGUGCUGUAACCCGCCAUUAAGUAGAGAAAUGCUGCCUCCUGGUGACUGGAUGUGUCAUCGCUGCACCGUGCGCAAAAAGAAAAGGGAACAGAAGAAGGAGCAGAUUAAUGGUCUUUUGGAGCGGCAGCUAGGAAAGCAGACGCCAUCUCCAGUUCCUGAGCAGGAAUGUGGGAUGCUACGUCUGGAUCCCACCAUGGGAUUGGGAGGCACCGGCCUUCGGUCCGCUGUCGCCCAAGUACGUCUCCUGGAGAGACGACCGAGCAGCAGGCCCGCAACGCCUAACUCCAACGCGUCUUCCACCGAUACGGCCACGCCGUCUGAGCAGAACGACAUGGAGGAAGACCUGCUGGACAUGGAAGAUGAUGCACAGGGUUCUGAGCCUGAGCUCUCUAACGUCACAGUGACCCUCAAGAGACCUUUUGACCUCCUAAUAGCUGCUGCCAUGCAGAGGAACCCCACGCAGUUCCAGCUUCCAAAUGACCUAACCUGCACAACAGCACUUCCAGGCACUAGCAAAAGGAGACGAAAAGAUGAGUUUGCAGGCAAGAACGUGAAACGCCCACAGCACGAGCUGGACAAUUGUGGAAUGGUUCCAAUGCCGGUGAAAGUGUGCUACACAUGCAGCAGGAGCUGCCGAUUGGCUCCACUGAUCCAGUGUGAUUAUUGCCCUCUCUUGUUCCACAUGGACUGUUUGGACCCACCUCUUACUGCCUUCCCUACAGGCAGGUGGAUGUGUCCAAACCACAUCCAGCACCUGGUACUAAACCAGAGAAGUUUGACCCUUAGCAACCGUUGCCAGCUAUUUGACCAGUUUCAAGACCGCGUAUCCCAGCAUGCAGUAAAGGUCGACUUCCUGCAGCGAAUACACAGGCCGCACCCCCCGAUUCGGCGGUCAGCUCACACGCAAAGCAGAAAGACUCUGAAGGUUCCUGAUGCUAUAAAAUCACAAUACCAGAAUCCGCCUAUUCAAAUGCCCACUGCUGGAAUCCGUGAAGGGGAACUGAUCUGCACUGGUGUUCCAGAACCUUGUGCACCGCAGCACUUAGCCAGUGACGAUGAACAACGACAGUGGCUCAAAGAUGUCAUCUCGCUGCAGUGCAGCAUCAUGAGGCAUUUAUGGAGCAGGAAAACAUCUUCUACAUGGGAUUCAGAACGAACAGAAAAGACUGAGAUGAAACUCAGAGACUCCUGCCAGAGUGCUGUACCACAGGGCACCCAGAACGUUGGACACAAAGUGGUCUGUAGCUCAUGUACUUAUGGGCUGUGUCUGUACUGUAGGACCACAAAUGGCCCAGUUGACAGGUUAGUUCAGCCCAAUGGGAUGCAAGGUGCUGUUAGAACCCAAGAGGAGCCCACUGACCAUAAAACGCCACAUUCAACCACCCCUGCUCCACCUAAUCUCGCUGGCUCUGGUGCUAUUAUUAAGACUGAGGAUUCCAGCUUAAAGUCCUGUAGUGGCACAAAAGAUCCUCCUCCUGCCUGUGUCAAAUCUGAGUCCAGAACUCCAUCAGUAGACCACAAGAAAUUAAUACCAACCUCAGAUUCUCCAGCAACUGAAAAACUCCUGAGUACAGGAGCACAGGUGGUUAAGCCCCUAAAAAUCACCACAGGUGCCGGGUCAAGCUUCCAAAGAUCUCCAUCCCCUUUGUUUGAUGGAAAGGCGAUUAUUGACUUCAUCACAGCAGGUGGUCGGGACGUACUCUCAUCAUCAGAACUCCCUGAUGUAUCAGAGCUGUCAGGCCGAAUAAAAGAUAUAAUGCAGGGUACCGGAGAAGUUGAACUCAGCUUGUUGGAUGAGAGGUUUAUCAAAGUCCUGGCCUGGCAGAGGAUUCAGCAGCUCUUUGAAUCAAAAACACCUGUUCAAAGUAGCCCUCCCCUCUCUGUGUCACGCACUCACAGAAAACACAGUGAAGCCCAAAAUAGGGAGGUGCAGGCGAGAGCUUCAUUCUGUCCAGUCUCAGGAAAGGGAGCAGCUGUUAAAAUGUGCUACCGGAGUCUGUACAUUGGGAUGGGUGCUGAUAUGGAUGUAUGCCUUACAAACUACGGUCAUUGUAACUAUGUUUCUGGGAAACAUGCCUGUAUUUUUUAUGAUGAGAACACAAAGCAGUAUGAAAUGCUGAACUACAGCGAGCAUGGGACAAUAGUUGACAAUGUGCUAUAUUCCUGUGACUUCUCUGAGAAGAUGAGCCAGAGCCCAUCCAGUAGCCUGCUCACCAAAGUUCAAAACAUUAUCCGCCGCUGCAAGAAAAAGGACCAGGAGGACUCUGUGCAGGGUCUGGCUACUGUAUCAGAGGGUGGAGUUAUGAGCUGCCAAUCUCAGGAUGCUCCCAUCACUGCCUGUAACUGUAAGAGCAGCGGCUCAAGUCUGAUUGGAGGUAGUGGUGCUGGAUGGGAAGGCACUGCGCUGCUUCAUCACGGGAGCCACAUCAAACUGGGCUGCUUGCAGUUUAUCUUUAGCAUCACAGAGUUUGCCAACAAACUGCCUAAAGAGGAGCUCAGAACCUGCAGCCUCACUCCUACUUCUGGCCAACAGGGGGAGCAGCUGAGCAAGACCACACCACCUCCACUCCAACACAACCUUGUAGCUUAACCUCAACAGCACCAACCUGCCUCUGCAUUGAUCUGUACAAAUGGUUUCCUACUUAUUUAAUUCUUUAUACACUUGCAUGAGGUGACUUUCUUUUGAGACUCUUAUGACACAUAGACAGUGUUUUUUCUCAAUGCAAAAGAACUUGCAUUUUUAAAGGAAACUUUGAUCAUCCUCUGCUCGGAAAACUAAUGAGCAGUUUUCAUGUGUAAAGAAAUCAAAACAUGUUCUAUUUUGUGCCAGUAACAUUAGUUUUUAUAUAUACAUGCUUUUUUUGUUUUUCAUGAAAUGGAAAUGCUUUUAUUUAUGUACUGAAACUUGUAUAUUCAUACCUGGUGUUCCUUUAACCUGACAUAUUUGAAAAAAACCUCAUGUAAAUAUGUGUAUGUAUUCUUGUGAAUAGCCAGAGAUCCACACAACCAGGACUUCAGCACACACAAGUGCUCCGAUUUGUAUUAUUUCUGUAGUGCAACUUUUAUGUACAGUCCUCUAAUGUAUCUGUUUCAUGUGCUCUGUAUUUACAGUUUUCACCAGGUUCUUGUGUCAAACUAUGUAAAUACCAGAUUUUAAA